GGCUUGACGUAGUAGCAGUCACUUGUCCUGCAGAAGCGGAAGAGAAACUGUAAGGUGUAACGAGUAAGGAAUUGGGAAUUUUGCUACUGUGUUUUGCUAGUGGAACAGGUGUUAUACAGCUCUGAUGGAGUAUCAUGAAGAAGAAGAGAAUGGUGGACCAGUCUUGCACAUUGUGGUAGUCGGAUUUCACCAUAAAAAAGGCUGUCAGGUUGAAUACUCCUAUCCUCCUCUAAUGCCCGAAGAAGGUCAUGACAGCCAUAGCUUACCAGAAGAGUGGAAGUACUUGCCUUUCCUAGCUCUUCCAGAUGGUGCCCACAACUACCAGGAAGAUACAGUGUUUUUCCACCUGCCACCAAGGACUGGUGAACAGAAAACCGUGUAUGGUGUAUCAUGCUAUCGACAGAUUGAAGCAAAGGCCUUAAAAGUUCGUCAGGCGGAUGUUACCCGAGAAACGGUUCAGAAAAGUGUGUGUGUGCUGUGUCGUCUGCCUUUGUAUGGAUUGCUGCAGGCCAAGCUUCAGCUCAUUACUCAUGCCUAUUUUGAGGAAAAGGAUUUUUCUCAAAUAUCAAUUUUGAAGGAGUUAUAUGAACACAUGAAUAGUUCUUUACGGAAUGCAGCUUUGGAUGGAUCACAAGUGUACCUUGGUUUAUCCCCUCGAGACUUGAUACUCCAUUUUCGACACAAGGUGUUGAUUUUGUUUAAAUUGAUUCUGCUAGAGAAAAAGGUUUUGUUUUAUACUUCUCCAGUAUACAAGUUGGUAGGAACUCUAAUGACAGUUUUGUCACUUUUCCCAGGAAUGAUUGAACAUGGACUGGCUGAUGCUUCACGCUAUAGACCCAGGAAGAGCACUUCUGAGGAUGUCAGUCUUCAGGAAGUGACUGCUUCUGCAGAUGAUUAUGUUACUAUAUCUGUGUCAGAUAUUUCAAACCAAAGUUCACAAAGCAGUGAGGAAGGGAAAGAUGUUCAGUUGGAACAAUCAUUAGAGAUACUUGAGACAGACACUGCCCUUUCUCACCAUGACAGAGGGGAUAUUGGAACCCAUACCUCUAGUGGAUUUGGUCAGCAUUUGAAGCCACCUUCGCGCAGUUCUCCAGAAUCUUCAGAAAGUGAUUGGGAAACUCUAGAUCCCAGCAUUCUUGAUAAUAACCACCAAAAAGAGGAGACAGAACAAAAGAAAGAUAUUGAACCAACAGAGACUUUUAGCAAGGGAUCUCCAUCAGAAAGUCUUCCAAUUACAGUGCAGCCUCAGCCUAAGGCAGGACAGACUGUGCUUGUACCAGGACUGGUUUCUGGUCUUAAGGAAGACCAGCUUGGCUUGCCUUUAGCUGUCUUUACAAAGGGAUAUCUGUGCUUACCUUACAUGGCAUUACAGCAGCAUCACCUCCUAUCUGAAGUGUCUAUUCGUGGUUUUGUUGCUGGAGCAACAAAUAUUCUUUUUCGCCAACAGAAACAUCUGAGUGACUCCAUAGUAGAAGUUGAAGAAGCUCGCAUACAAGUCCAUGAUUCAGAACUACGAAAGGUACUGAAUCCUACAACUGCUGACUUGAGAUUUGCUGACCAUCUUGUGAAGCAUGUCACUGACAACAGGGAUGAUGUAUUUUUAGAUGGUACAGGCUGGGAAGGUGGAGAUGAGUGGAUCAGAGCUCAAUUCGCACAUUACCUGCACUCACUACUUGCUACAUCUCUGCAGCCAGAUAAUGAAAAGUUGCUAGCUGAUUAUGGUACUGCCUUCAUAAAUGCAUGGAAAAAUACUCACAACUACAGAGUCUGGCACAGUAAUAAACAUCCUGCAAUUGCAGAAAUUACUCAUGGCCAUCCAUUCAUGGGACAAUACAGUGUAGCUGAUGUUAAGAUAAGAUUCACACACUCUGUACAGAACAGUGAGCGAGGCAAGAAGUUUGGAAGUGCUGUGAUGACCACUAGUCGGAAUGUGGUACAGACUGGAAAGGCAGUAGGGCAGUCAUUUGGAGGUGCACUCACGUCUGCAAAGUCUGCUGUGUCCUCUUGGUUCUCUACAUUGUCUCAAGGAGCAAUGCAAAACUCCCCUGCACAGGAAGGAAAACAAUGAUAUAUCCUCAUUCAUACUACAGAAUGUAAAGACAAAGUAUCUCAUCAUCCAAGAGUCACAGUUUCAUAAAGACUGUAUGUUCAGGAGAGGAGUAGCAGUUCCUUUGAACCAAAACAGCAUGUUUGUUUGCAAAGGGCAAAAGAAUAGUAAUUGCUCCUCGUAUCUAAGUAAAUUGCAGCAUACUAUAAAAUGGGUAAUGAUCUUAAGUGUGAGUAGGUAAUCUGACAUUUGGAACAGCUUUGCUACGAGCAGAGUGUUGCAAGGGUCUUGUGGAGCUGUGUUACAGCUGGUAAGUUGAAUUACUUCCUAAUACUGUACAUUAGUGUAUAAAAUAUAAAGAAUGAUUAAACUAGUAAUAGAGCUUUGGCUCUACGUUUUCAUCUUUCACUGUUCAUUUUAGUGAUCUGCCAUUCAUAAUGUUUUAGAUACUUUGUAUACUUAAAAGACAAUAAGAUUUGAGUUUUGCAUUUCUUUAUUCAUAGUUCAUUAAUCUGAAAUGUGCCUGAAACCAUACUGAUUACACACCACUGGAAUGGUUCACAUGUACACGCAUUUGGAUAAGUGCACUUAACCUGUCUAAAGGAAUGAUCAGAAAGAGUUUUGUAGCUCAUGAACUGUUUAGUGAAAUAGAUUAACAGAAACCAGAACUGAUCAGAUAGUAAUAUAUAUCGACCUGGAAUCGACCUGGAAUCUUUUUUUUUUUUUUGUAAUAGAGACACUGUGUGGAAUCCUUAAACCACAUUAAUUUUGCAGUGGACACAGAUAACUUAUAAGUCAAUCAAAUAUUUUUCUAGAAGUAAUAUGUAUAACUGGCUAUAUAAUGAAUAAUAAGUAAUUUCUUAAGUAGAUAUACUGAAACACU